AUUCGAACCUUACAAAUUGUUUAUUUUGGAGAGUUUUUAUUCGUAAACAUCAAUCAUAAGAAGUUGAUAAUAUAAGAUAUUGACAUAAUGCCUAUUUUUGUAUACUACCGGUCAUCUGUUAUAGCGCCCUCUUUUGGUAAUAAGCGGACUGGUUUGAAUAGUCAGGAUCCCUGCGUCACUCCAUUCAAGGACAUGUGUAAAGGUGUGAGUUCCUAUACGUAGGAGUCCAGUUCAUACGUCAAACUAAUGUCCAAGUUGAGCCAUCUUUUUUUUGUCACACGAGGAAGAGGCGACAUAACCGUAAAGUUGUCGUUUAUUUCAGCGAAAGUAAGGGUUUCUUACUCUCGUUGGUGAAGAAAUUGUUGUAAAGAUGUCAAGAGGUAAUAAUCGUAAAGAUAAUUUUAGAUCUGGGAGUGGUGGUGGCAGAGAUGGUGGUGGUCGGAGUCAGCAGUUUUACGGUCAUGACGAUCGGGCUCAAGAUGACAGGCGACGAGACGAUGGUGGAAAUUCAAACUGGAGGGGAGGUCACUCGGGGUCAGACGGUGACAAUUGGAGAGGAGGAAGAGGCAGGAGAGGCGGAAGAGGAGCGUCAUCAAACAGAGGCGGGGGUAGAGAUAACGGUGGUGGUGGAGGAAGUGGCGGAGGGAGUUAUGGGGGGAAAUGGCGAGGAGGGAAGGGUCCAAGAAGAGGAAGAGGAGGAGGAGGCGGAGGAGGGAAUGAUGGAGGAAACAACCAAGGUCCCAAUCCUCGCUCCAGACUACAAGAUGAUGAUGGGGAUGUCAUGAUGGGAGAUCAUGAUGCUGGACCUAGUCAAAGAUUCAAUCCAUAUGGACGCUCAAACAACAACAGGAGAGGAGGCAACCGUGGUAGAGACCGAGACAACCGGAGUGGCAGUCAAAAUAGAUCGGAUGGUGGAUCCAUGUCCAGACUAGGUCUUCCAAUCAAUCAGGGAAGCAGAGGAGGCUCUGGUAGUCGUCAAAGUGGACGAGGCAAAGGGGCCUUGACAUGGUCUAAGAUCACGAUACCACAUGGAAGGAAAGUUGAGAAGGAUUGGUUGCUGAGAUCGUUGCAGAACAUUUGUAGAGUCCCCUUUAUACCUCUGGAGUUUCAUCUUGAAGGAGAGAUGGCGGUGUUCUACGUCGAUGACAUUGAAACAGGAAAUGCUCUUCGGAGUCUCAGCGGAAGAAUCACCUCAAAGACGGGACAUAAGAUUAUCGUGGUGUGUAGGCCGAGUAGACCUCCUAAUAACAAGCUAGAUGAGGACUCUGUUGAAGCAAUGAAGGUUUGCUUGAGUGAUCGCUACGACCCAUCCACCAAAUCACUUAAUCUCAGUCAACUAAUACAAGAUCAAGGUCUUAAAAGUAAAGGAGUCAAUAAUGUGCUCAAUCGACCUCAGGUCAUGGAAACAGUAGUUAUGAUCAUUUCAGAGAAUAUACCAGAGGUUCUGUCCAUAGAUCUCAGUAACAACAAACUCUACAGCUUAACCAUAUUUUCCAAGUUGGCCGAGAAAGCUACCAGUUUACGAAGUUUAAACCUUGCUAAGAACGUGAUGCGUGGUGAAGCCGAUCUAGAGAACAUCAAGGAUUUCCCCCUGGAGGAUUUGAUUCUGGAAGAUAAUCCGAUAGUUCAGAGGUCCAACUACACCAGUAUUGUUCGAAGAUGUUUCCCCAAGAUGAUGAGACUAGAUGGUAAAGAGCUCCCGCCUCCUAUCACGUUUGACUUAGAAACGCCAACAGUCCUCCCACCGGUUCAACACAGCUUCUUUGGCAACGAGGCCAUCAAGAAAAUUCUGGAUAAAUUCAUAAGCCAAUAUUUCACAGUGUUUGAUUCUGGAGACAGGCAACAGUUCAUUGAGAUUUACCAUGAGCAGUCCUGUUUCUCAUUGACUACUCAAGCUGUUUCUGGCGGGCCCUCCUACUUGAAGAAAUACUUUUCAAUAAGCCGCAAUCUCCUCAGAAUAAAAGAGCCAAGUCAGGAACUGAGGCUAUUCAAGCAUACCAAGCUAUCGGUUGUCGCCUUUUUGAAUGAGAUGUCUCCGACGCUGCAUGACACCAACUCGUUCCAGGUUGAUCUAUCCCUUGCUCAGGGUAAUCUUGUGAGCUUUACCGUGCAUGGGAUCUUCAAAGAAUUCAACACCAGUAGGUCCACCUCCCAGUUGAUAUCGUUCAGUCGCACCUUUCUAGCUGUAAUGCAACCACCGACGUUAUGUAUCAUCAACGAUCAUCUGUCAAUCAGGAAUCCCACACAGGCUCAGCAGAAGGCUGCGUUUAUUUCCCCUGCUCCUACUCCAACUCCAAGCCCAGUGAGGGUACCUCCAGAGGCCGCGCACAUUGCCAGCACCUUGACGUCACAGCAUCAAGAAAUGAUCGCCAGUUUCAUGAAAGAUUCCAAAAUGAAUAUUCAGUUUUCAACACAAUGUUUAUCCGAGAAUAAUUGGGAUUACAGUAAAGCUGGGGAGCAGUUCACCAAACUACAUGCUGAAGGCAAGAUACCAGCAGAAGCCUUCAAGUGAUUGAAAGGACGUUUCAUUUGAGAGCAACCAAGGUAGAUGAAACUAGUGCAAGGCUCUCUCCCUAUGUAUAAAGCAACAGAUUCCACCAUGAUUCAAUAGCAAAAUUGAAACAGAAAAAUAUGUACAUAUUAACUUUAGAGAUUUUUUAUAAUUCAAUUGAGUAAUCAGUUUUCAAGAUGUUGUAAGCCACAUACGACGCUCUUAAUAUUCGUGCAUGACGUUACAAUUCUAACCCAAAAUGGGUUCAGAAUGGUGACGUCAUGCAUGAAUAUUAAGAAAGGCAUAUUUGAUGAUCAAGUUUACAGCAGAGCUACAAUACAUAUUUUGUGAUCAAGUUUACAGCAGAGCUACAAUACAUAUUUUUAUGACAUAUGUCUUUCUUUGUGCUUCUGGCUGUUUUCUGUGGUCAUAAAUGGAUUGAUAUUGCUGGCUGCCAAAGGCACCCUUGCAUGGCUGUGGCUCGAACACAUAGCCGUGUCCUUACAGCCGUGUUGCAACUCAGCGUCUCAGCUGUGAAUGAUGAUUAGCCGAGUAUAUUCAAGAUUGGGAGAAACUAUUAUUGGAUUUCUUUAAAAUUUGUAAAUAUUGUAAGCAUCUUUUUCAAUUUCAUUUUAAUUAAUCUGCUAAUUCUAAUGGUAAACCAAUGCGCCCAAUUUCAUAAAGCUGUUAUGCACAUCAACUUGCUUGGCACUGAACAAUUUUGAAAGUAAUAUUGGAAGAGCGAAGAACAAUUUAGUAAAAUAGGAUUUGAACCUACCACCUCCAGAAUUAUGUAUGGUAGAACAAAAUUUGAAGCGGGGACUUCACCCCUGUGGAGCAACGGCUGGUAAAGCUGGAGGUUGGAUGUUCAAAUCUUGUUUAAGUAAAUUUUUCGUUAUUCCAAAUUGAUUUUUAUUUACCCUGAGUUUUUGGUUUAUUACUCGAUAUAAAAAGCAUUUUCUAACCAGCAAAUUGUUGCAUAAUGCACGUUGUUUGUGACUGGUUGCCUUUUAAAUUUUGCUUAUCAGAAACAGUCCCCAAUUCUGCUAAACAGCUUUAAGAAAU